GCGCCAUUAACUGUCAUCUUUUUCUUAACUCUUCUAAUCUGAUGGAGGUCAAGAUCACCGAACAUAUGCUGGUCUCUUUAUUUAGUUUCAUUAUAAUUUCUUGUGGAGGCAGCCGAGGUUCUCUGGGCUGUGAUGUUGAGGUGCAGGUGCGAAGAGGACAAGUGUAUGCUGUUUCUCCUCAUGAAUAUGUGGAGAUCAAAUGUCCCGUCCAGCACUGUGGAAAACCUGUGCAUGUUGUCUGGUGCAAAGUUCUGGACACAGAAUGCAGCAAUUUCAAUACUUCAAAUCACAUUCAGAUAAAGGAAGGCAUGCUGUCGGAUGAUAAGAUGGAGUCUGUUCUAAUAUUCAAAAAGAUCACUGUAGAGGACAGUGGAGAGUACUCAUGUAGAGAAUCGAAAUAUCAAAUAGUGGGGCAUAUGAUAAAUGUCAAUGUUUCAGAGAUGAACCAAGGAGGGCAGAACCAUGACAAAAAUCCAGAUCGCCCCAGAAACUGUGAGAACGAUCAAAGCAUCCUUAAUGGAUAUGAGAUGAAGAUAACCGCACUGGUGUUUGUUAUCAUUUUUCUUAGUAUAGUUUUGCUCUUAUUCACAAUUACAGCCAUAGUCCUGCUGAGAAUGUAUGCUUGCAAAUCAAUAGCAUAAGAAGUCCUCCUGUUUGGCACCAGUCCUCAUGCAUUGUGGAUGAUAUUUAAAUUUUAGUAAUAAAAGCGCCUUCAAAUCACCCAGAGAGGGCCAUCGGGGACCAACUUUUAACAGGUCCAAGUGAAGCUCAAAGCCCAGAAUCUGCUGUGUACUCAAAAACCAACCGCUAAAGUCAAGGAAAACUUUUCAGCAUCACGCAUCAGUUCAAAGUAGCGGUCAAAUUUACGUAAUUAGUGUUGUCAGUUCUGAAAUAUUAUAUACAGUAUUGAUUUAAAGCUCAAAAUUUAAAGUAUAAAGUAUAACCUGUCUAACUAAGUAAUUGGAUAAUUUAAAGUGGUUUAAAAAAUAACUUUAUUACCACUGAACUUUUUACAACCACUCUUUUCCAUUUUUUCAGCUAAGAUAAAACUGUACAUACUUUGUGUUAAGAUUCAACUUCCUUUUGUCCUUAAUUUUUAAUCAAACCUAGAUAACCAAACUGGGAAUACCAGCUGGAUACUGUGAACGUGUAUAGCCAAAGUGUUGUAAAUAUGUACUGAUACUACUGACUUUCUUUUCCCAACUGGCCUCUUUUCAGCUAAAAUAAUAAUAAAUUGCACAUACUUUUUGCUUUGAUUUGACCAUCUUGAUCUUGUUUAUUAUCCUAAAAAAAACUUGCAAAUUUUUUUGUAAUUGUUCACGAAUGUUCCUGUGUUCUGUGUUCUGUACUUCUGAAAGAUUCUUUUGUCAUAUAUUGUACAUUUGCACUGGCCCUAGAGGAAAUGCUCACAGACCACAGUUGAAUUACUUUAAGCAUGCAGGAAACAAAACAGAGUCUUACUUAAACCUAAACUGUGGGGCAAUAGGUCUUCUGUGGUUUCACUUUACAGAUAGUAGAGGUAAUAAUAUGACAAUGUAAAAGAAGACAUGAGUAGUUUCUGUAUAUUUUUAACUUGUCUAUUUUGCUGUCGAUGGUGGCUACAUGUCCUACUGAACUUGUCAGUUUUGAAGCAUUGUCAAGUUUGAUGACUUGGUCUGAAUAUUUAACAGAAAAGGAUUUCACACCUGUCAAAGUGAAAGCAAUGUCUCAGCAGUGAGUAGACCAUAUUAAAAUGGAAACUACCUACAGAUAUACAGACAACCACACUGUGAGUUGUGUGUAAAGGUCUUGUUUGAUUUUGAACACAUUACAUAUUAUAAUACAAAAUAGUGUUGGUGUAUUUGCUAUUCCAACAUCUUUCAGUUUUCUUCAGCAUAAAUAUAUUUGAUCAAACACUGCAAAAUCUGCUUUGCAGUUGUUAAGGCAGACAUGUCAAACUCAGACCUGGGGAACAAAUUUGGCCUGCGAUAUAAUUAUAUUUGUCCCCCAAGAUAUCAGAUAUGUAUUAGAGCUGCCCACCGGCUACAGAUAGGCUAUAGAGAUAUUAUUUAUUUAAAAUGUAGUUAUUAUUUUCUAUUAUGCUUGUUCUGGAUUCAAUGUUUAAGCAAAACUUAUUAAACACUUAUUUUAAUUAGAAAAGGUUUAACAUUACAUAUCUCGAAAAAAGAGAAAACAUGCAGAUGUUGUUAAAAUUUUUCAAUAAAUAUUUAGUUUGGCCCACGACUUGGUCCCAGGUUUUAAUUUUGGCCCUCUGUGAAUUUGACUUUGACACCCAAAUUUACAGAGGGCCUUAAUAAGGUGUACAUUUAUAUUUUACAUAAUACUAUACAGAAGACAGGUUUUGGACAAAAAAA